AAUGAUUUACCUGUUAUAUUGGCUAAUCCUGAAUGUGAAACGGAAUAUUGUAAUUAUGGAGAAUCCGAAGUAGAUUUAAAUAUGGAUGAAUAUGAUUCAAGUAACAGUGAUGUUGAAGUUACAAACGAUAAAGCUAUUGAAUUUAAAGAAAUACUUGUAAAG